AUGAAGGCCAUCACAGACCAAGACGAGUCCAGGUUGAAGAAUGGAUGGAAAGAACAUGGGGAUGGGCGGACAACGAUUUAUGGCCAUCACAAGGAACAUCUCUCAGACGAGGAGCAGGACAUGGGGAUGCCCAAGAAGACGGGCUCUAGUUCUACUAUGGACAGCAGGGAUGAGGAUCACUAUUCUAAAUGUCAAGAUUGUGUCCGCCGCCUGGGACGCAUGGUGAGAAGAAAGUUAGGGGAAGACUGGAUCUUUCUGGUGCUUCUGGGCCUGCUGAUGGCUCUGGUCAGCUGGAGCAUGGACUAUGUCAGUGCCAAGAGCCUGCAGGCCUACAAGUGGACCUACGCCCAGAUGCGGCCCAGCCUUCCUCUGCAGUUCCUGGUCUGGGUCACCUUCCCGCUCAUUCUCAUCCUCUUCAGUGCCCUCUUUUGUCACCUCAUCUCUCCCCAGGCUAUUGGCUCUGGAAUCCCUGAAAUGAAGACAAUACUUCGUGGAGUUGUUCUGAAGGAAUAUCUCACACUCAAGGCCUUUGUGGCCAAGGUUGUCGCCCUGACCGCUGGGCUGGGCAGUGGCAUCCCUGUGGGGAAAGAGGGCCCUUUCGUCCACAUUGCCAGCAUCUGUGCUGCUGUCCUCAGCAAGUUCAUGUCCAUGUUCUGUGGGGUGUACGAGCAGCCAUACUAUUACUCUGAUAUCCUGACGGUGGGCUGUGCUGUAGGAGUUGGCUGUUGUUUCGGGACACCACUUGGAGGAGUGCUGUUCAGCAUCGAGGUCACCUCUACCUACUUUGCCGUUCGGAACUACUGGAGAGGAUUCUUUGCAGCCACGUUCAGUGCCUUUGUGUUCCGCGUGCUGGCGGUGUGGAACAAGGAUGCUGUCACCAUCACUGCUCUGUUCAGAACCAAUUUCCGAAUGGAUUUUCCCUUUGACCUGAAGGAACUCCCAGCCUUUGCUGUCAUUGGCCGCCUUCUGUAUCCUGGAAUUGUCACCUUCAUCAUCGCCUCGUUCACCUUUCCACCAGGAGUGGGUCAAUUCAUGGCUGGAGAGUUGAUGCCCCGGGAAGCCAUCAGUACCCUGUUUGACAACAAUACAUGGGUAAAACAUGCAGGUGACCCUGAGAGCCUGGGCCGGUCAGCUGUGUGGAUUCACCCCCAGGUCAACGUUGUCAUCGUCAUCUCACUCUUCUUUGUCAUGAAGUUCUGGAUGUCCAUCGUGGCCACCACUAUGCCCAUACCCUGUGGAGGCUUCAUGCCUGUGUUUGUGCUAGGAGCUGCAUUUGGAAGGCUGGUAGGAGAGGUCAUGGCCAUGCUAUUCCCUGAUGGUAUUUUAUUUGAUGACAUCAUCUACAAGAUCCUGCCUGGGGGGUAUGCAGUAAUUGGAGCAGCAGCACUGACCGGUGCCGUGUCCCAUACAGUCUCCACAGCUGUGAUUUGCUUUGAAUUAACGGGUCAGAUUGCACACAUCCUACCCAUGAUGGUGGCUGUUAUCUUGGCCAACAUGGUGGCUCAGAGCCUGCAGCCCUCCCUCUAUGACAGCAUCAUCCAGGUCAAGAAGCUACCCUACUUGCCUGACCUUGGUUGGAACCAGCUCAGCAAAUUUACAAUCUUUGUUGAGGACAUCAUGGUACGUGAUGUGAAGUUUGUUUCGGCUUCUUGCACAUAUGGGGAAUUGCAAACCCUGCUCCAGACCACGACAGUCAAGACUUUACCACUGGUUGAUUCAAAAGAUUCCAUGAUCCUGCUGGGCUCCGUGGAGCGCGCAGAGCUGCAGUCCCUCCUGCAGCGCCACCUGUGUCCCGAGCGGAGGCUGCGCGCAGCUCAGGACCUGGCGCGGAAGCUGUCGGAGCUGCCUUACGACGGGCGGGCGCGUCUGGCCGCGGAGGGGCUCCCGGGGGGCCGGCCCGAGUCCUUCGCCUUCGUGGAUGAGGAUGAGGACGAGGACCUCCCCGGGAAGACUGAGCUGCCUGCUCCUCCUCCUCCUCCUCACCCCUUUCCUACUGCGACACCGAGCCCCGAAGAGCCCAAUGGACCCCUGCCCAACCACAAACAGCAGCCAGAAGCAGCAGAGCCUUCAGGUCAAAGACUCUCCAUCUUCCAGUCCCUGCUGCGCUGCUUACUGGGCAGAGCUCGCCCCACGAAGAAGGCAACCCAGGAUUCAACGGACUUAGUGGACACCAUGUCACCUGAAGAGAUUGAGGCCUGGGAGCAGGAGCAGCUGGGCCAGCCUGUCUGUUUUGAUUGCUGCUGCAUUGACCAGUCCCCCUUCCAGCUGGUGGAGCAGACGACGCUGCACAAGACUCACACGCUGUUCUCGCUCCUUGGCCUUCACCUUGCUUAUGUGACCAGCAUGGGGAAACUCAGGGGCGUCCUGGCCCUGGAGGAGCUACAGAAGGCCAUCGAGGGGCACACCAAGUCUGGGGUGCAGCUCCGCCCUCCCCUUGCCAGCUUCCGGAACACAACUUCAACUCGAAAGAGCACUGGAGGACCACCCCCGCCUGCAGAGGGCUGGAGCCUGCCUGAGGAUGGGCCUGGGGCCACUGGAGCAGGGGGUGUGGCUCCUGCCUCUCCAGAGAGCCCCAUGCCACCUCCUUCCCCAAAGCCCCCUUUCUCCCUGGCCCCGGCAAACGUGGAAGGUGAGCUGGAGGAGAUGGAGCUGGUGGAGAGUCCAGGGCCGGAGGAGGAACUGGCUGACAUCUUGCAGGGCCCCAGUCUGCGAUCGACUGAUGAGGAGGACGAGGAUGAACUGAUCCUCUGA